AUGGAGCUAUUGGCUGGCCCCCCAGUGGCAGAUUUGUACGAUCUGUACGAUGACCCUUGCUUUAAUUCCCCCGAUAUGAGCUUUUUCGAAGAUCUGGACCCCCGGCUCGUGCAUGUUACGCUGCUGAAGCCCGAGGAUGGCCCGCACCCCGAGGAGGAGCAUGUGCGGGCCCCCAGUGGGCACCACCAGGCGGGCAGAUGUCUCCUCUGGGCAUGUAAAGCCUGCAAGAGGAAGACCACCAACGCCGACCGCAGGAAAGCGGCCACAAUGCGGGAGAGGAGACGACUCGGCAAAGUCAACGAUGCAUUCGAGACCCUCAAAAGAUGCACCAGCGCCAACCCCAACCAGAGGCUUCCCAAGGUGGAGAUCCUGCGCAAUGCCAUCAGAUACAUCGAGAGCCUGCAGAGCCUGCUACGGGAGCAAGAAGAACCCUACUACCCCCAGCUGGACUCCUACAGCGGGGACUCGGAUGCCUCCAGCCCCAGAUCAAACUGCUCCGAUGGCAUGGUGAGCCAAUGGAGGGAGGCAUGA